CGCUAAAAUGUCCAACAUAGUGUGGUGGAAGACUUGUGUGAGAGACUCCUUUACCAGGGCUGGAUAUGAUUAUGAUGAGGAGACAUUUGAGAAGGUGUUUAGACGCAUAUAUUCAUCAUUUGGUUCAUCUGCACCUUAUACCAUCUUUCCAGAUUCCCAUCCAUUUCUAAGAUGGGUGCAUGAGCAGGGGCUUAAAGUUGGGAUUGUUAGUAAUGCAGAGUACCGGUAUCGGGAUGUAAUUCUUCCAGCCCUUAAUCUGAACCAGGGAUCUGAAUGGGACUUUGGUGUGUUCUCUGGUCUGGAAGGUGUAGAGAAACCUGACACAAGGAUUUAUGAGAUUGCCUUGGAGAGAGCUGGUGUCGCACCAGAAGAAGUUCUGCAUAUUGGGGACAGCAUGCGCAAAGACUACGUGCCAGCAAAGAAUGUGGGGAUGCACGCAUUACUAUUGGAUAGAUUUAAGACUCCGAAUGGAGGAAAUCAGGUGCCAUUGUGCUUCCUGACUUGA